AUUAGGGGUGAUUAGGAGUUGCUCCUGGCCGGGGGAGGGGGAGGAGGGGGCCUGGCCUGUUAUAAAUAGCAGCACCAGGACUCUGUCACCCCAUCAUUCACUGUGGAUUCCAAGUUCAGUCUCAAAACCCCGCGGCUUCAGCAGCCAAGGUGGGAGUGACGCUCCAGUACCCCCUCCUGUGCCUGGUCCUCCCUCAGGACCACCCGCUCCCCGUCAUCCAGUGGGGCAGCCCAGCAUGGCUGGGAAGCCUCAGCGACCACCAACUACACUUUCCCUCUUGGAGUCAGGCCCCUGCACUUGAGUUUGGCUUCUCCUUGCUGGGUUGCCUUGGGCAAGAGGCUUGACUUCUCUGAACAAAGGGGAUGAUGCUAAUAACAAACACCAAGUCUGCAGGGGCGAUUGGGAGGAGAACCCGUAAAGCACUUAGGAUGGUGCUGGGGCCUGGCAGGCACUCAGUCAGUGUGAGCCGCUGUCAUUGUCACCGUGAUAGGUUGGGAGAAUUAUGUCACAGUGCACAGGAAGAGCCUGCAGGAUGCCUUACAUAUAAUAAACUCCUGUGGUUAUUAACGUACUUGGCUCUGAAAGUGUCUGGCACACAGCAGGCGCUCAGUAAAUGGGACCUUUGGUUAACAGGGAAGGACGGGGUGGGGGUCCUAGAACCUCGGCAUGCAGCCUGGUCAUUCCCAGCUUGAGAAGCUCCCCUUGCCCUGGGCGGCCAUUGGCGGUGCUUGGUGGGUGUCCCUUGUUCCUGGCUGGGUGAGUCCAGUGUGGGGGCCAGCAGGAGGGCCUGUCCCAGGCAGCGCGUGACUCCUAGGAGGGCUUAGCCACUCAUUAAUCACCUAAGCGGGGCUCAGCAUUCUUGAAAUCCGGCCAGGGCCAGGGAGGGGCCUGGGCUGGGGGUUCCUGGGGACCCCAGGGCUCUGGGGAGUGGGGACAGCCACUGUUUGCUGAGCACCCACUGUGUUCUGGGCACUUUAUAUACCUUAACUUGUUUCAUCCUCAGAAGAACGCUGUAAAGUGUUAGCUGUUCAUGUCCCCAUUUUACUGAGGCGACUGAGGCUCAGAGAGGGUAUGUGACCUGCCCAAGGUCACACAGCAGGGAGUAGGUGAGCUAGGAUUUAUUACUGGACCUGAGCUCUGUUCCCAGGGUUCACCAGGGGAGGGGGCAUGAGGCGCAGACCCCAGACUCAAGGCCUAGGGACCUGUGGGAGGGGUGCCUCCUGCCUCAGUGGGGCCGGCCAGCCCAGGUCAGCAGUGUGGGUGGGGCCGUCCUCCAUUAUCGGAGUUGACGCAUCUCCCACGUCAGCCCCCUUAUCACCCAGCACUCCAGCUCCCCCUGCAAGGUGACCCCGGGAGGGGAAAGGCCAGCGCCUCCCCCUCUCCUUCGCUGCUGAUGCCCGAGAGCACUGGGCUGCCUUUUCUGUGAAUCCCUCCCGUUGGUGGGGCUGGGGCUAGCGGGGAGGGCCCAGGAGAGGUCAGGCAGAGGAGCAGCCCUCAGGCCGCCAUCGUUCCCCGCCGAACCUCUCUGGGGCUGUUUCCUCCUCUGGGCUCAGCCCUCAAUGUGGGGGUGAUGGGCACACGCAGUGAGGGUGGGCUGGGCACUCCUGACUCCGACCCCUGCUCCCUCGCCACCUGCAGCUGGGGCCCGGGGUUCAGGAGUCUCCCCCAGCCCCAUGGGCCCCCCAGGAUGUGUGGUCCAGCCCCACCAGGCCUCCUGGUCCCGGCUGCCCGCAGCUGGGCCAUCUGGAACCGCCUCCCGGAGGACAGGGCAGGACAGAGUCAGUGAGUCUGGGUCUGAGUCAGUGAGGGGGCUGGUAUCCGCUGUGGUAUCCCGGCUAAAUAAAGCGCCUCGUUUGCUCCUCACAGCACCCCACAAGACGGGGACACGGUUACCCCAUUUUAUAGAAAAGACGAAGGGACUUGCUCAUGUCACGAAGCUGGAAAGGAGAAUGGAGGGGCAGGAAGCAGCCGGUCUGUCCAGCCCUGCACCCUGGGCCCCGCCCCUCCUUGCAGAGUCCAGCUGGCCUUGUGGACUGAGGGCAGCACCAUCAAUGCCUCCCGGAGGGCUGGCAGGCCACGACAUCAACGGCGCCCUGGAGCCCUCCAACAUAGACACCAGCAUCCUGGAGGAGUACAUCAGCAAGGAAGACGCCUCUGACCUCUGCUUCCCUGACAUCUCUGCUCCAGCCAGUGCGGCCUCCUAUCCCCACGGGCAGCCAGCGAUCCCCGGCUCCAGCGGGGCCCACCACCUGAGCCCCCCCGGGGGCGGACCCUCCCCGGGUCGCCAUGGCCCCCUCCCACCCCCGAACUACAGCGCCCCGCUCAACUGCAACAACAACAACGGCAUGGGUGCUGCUCCCAAGCCCUUCCUGGGGGGCUCUGGGCCCCCCAUCAAGGCAGAGCCCAAGGCUCCCUAUGCCCCCGGCACGCUGCCAGACUCCCCCCCAGACUCUGGCUCCGAGGCCUACUCCCCCCAGCAGGUGACUGACCCCCAUCUCCUGCGCACCCUAACCCCUGAGAGCCUGUGCCACGUGGGGGUGCCCUCCCGCCCGGAGCACCCCCCACCGCCGCCCCCGCCACCCCCGCCUCACUACCCCGUCCUGCAGCGGGAUCUGUACAUGAAGGCUGAGCCUCCGAUGCCCCCCUACGCUGCCAUGGGGCAGGGGCUGGUGCCCACCGAUCUCCACCACACGCAGCAGUCCCAGAUGCUACACCAGCUGCUGCAGCAACACGGAGCCGGAGCCGAGCUCCCCACACACCCCUCCAAGAAGAGGAAGCACUCCGAAUCCCCCCCCAGCACCCUCAAUGCCCAGAUGUUGAAUGGAACGAUCAAACAGGAGCCCGGGACUGUGACAUCCCUGCCACCGCACCCAGCUCGAGCCCCAUCCCCACCCUGGCCUCCCCAGGGCCCGCUCUCACCCGGCCCUGGCUCCUUGCCCCUCAGCAUCGCCCGGGUCCAGACGCCGCCUUGGCACCCACCAGGUGCACCCUCACCAGGUCUCCUUCAGGACAAUGAUAGCCUCAGUGGCUCCUACCUGGACCCCAACUACCAGUCCAUCAAGUGGCAACCACAUCAGCAGAACAAGUGGGCGACGCUGUACGAUGCAAACUACAAAGAGCUGCCCAUGCUCACCUACCGCGUGGACGCCGACAAGGGUUUCAACUUUUCGGUGGGCGACGACGCCUUCGUGUGCCAGAAGAAGAACCACUUCCAGGUGACGGUGUACAUCGGCAUGCUGGGGGAGCCCAAGUAUGUCAAGACGCCCGAAGGCCUCAAGCCCCUUGACUGCUUCUACCUGAAGCUGCACGGAGUGAAGCUGGAGGCUCUCAACCAGUCCAUCAACAUCGAGCAGUCGCAGUCGGACCGAAGCAAGCGGCCCUUCAACCCCGUCACGGUCAGCCUGCCCCCCGAGCAGGUCACGAAGGUGACUGUGGGGAGGCUGCACUUCAGCGAGACCACCGCCAACAACAUGCGCAAGAAGGGCAAGCCCAACCCUGACCAGAGGUACUUCAUGCUGGUGGUGGCCCUCCAGGCCCACGCACAGAACCAGAACUACACGCUGGCCGCCCAGAUCUCAGAACGCAUCAUCGUGCGGGCCUCCAAUCCGGGCCAGUUUGAGAGUGACAGUGACGUGCUGUGGCAGCGGGCGCAGGUGCCCGACACCGUCUUCCACCAUGGCCGUGUGGGCAUCAACACAGACCGGCCCGAUGAGGCGCUGGUGGUGCACGGCAACGUCAAGGUCAUGGGCUCGCUCAUGCACCCCUCGGAUCUGCGGGCCAAGGAGCACUUGCAGGAGGUGGACACCACCGAGCAGCUGAAGAGGAUUUCGCGCAUGCGACUGGUCCACUACAGAUACAAGCCAGAGUUUGCCGCCACUGCUGGCAUCGAGGCCGUGGCGCCAGAAACGGGUGUCAUCGCUCAGGAGGUGAAGGAGAUCCUGCCCGAGGCCGUGAAGGACACUGGAGACGUGGUCUUUGCCAAUGGGAAAACCAUAGAGAACUUCCUGGUGGUGAACAAGGAGCGCAUCUUCAUGGAGAACGUGGGUGCUGUGAAGGAGCUGUGCAAGCUGACGGACAACCUGGAGACGCGCAUUGAUGAGCUGGAGCGCUGGAGCCACAAGCUGGCCAAGCUGCGGCGCCUCGACAGCCUCAAGUCCACCGGCAGCUCGGGCGCCUUCAGCCACGCAGGGAGCCAGUUCAGCCGGGCGGGCAGCGUCCCCCACAAGAAGAGGCCCCCCAAGGUGGCCAGCAAGUCAUCGUCUGUGGUCCCAGACCAGGCCUGCAUCAGCCAGCGCUUCCUGCAGGGAACCAUCAUCGCCCUGGUGGUGGUCAUGGCCUUCAGCGUGGUGUCCAUGUCUACACUGUACGUGCUGAGCCUGCGCACCGAGGAGGACCUGGUGGAAACUGAUGGCUCUUUUGCCGUGUCCACUUCCUGUCUUCUGGCCCUGCUCCGGCCCCAGCACCCUGGGGGGAGUGAGGCCAUGUGCCCAUGGUCCAGCCAGAGCUUUGGGACCACUCAGCUCCGACAGUCCCCUGUGACCACUGGGCGGCCGGGCACGCAGCCCUCUCUGCUGCUGGUUACCACUGGCCUGACCAGCUCGGCCCCAGCUCCAGCCCUCCGCACCUUGGACCUGUGCUCCAGCCGCCCCUGCCCAGUCGUCUGCUGCUCCUCGCCCAGCCCCAGCCCCACCCCUGACCCUAGCUUUAAUCCUGGCCGUGGUCUCAGCCCCAGUCCCGGCCCCUCCACCAACCGCUCAGGCCCCAGCCAGAUGGCCCUGCUGCCAGCCACCAACAUCAGAGCCAAGUCCUGGGGCCUGUCAGCCAAUGGCAUUGGCUACUUCAAGCAUCCAAAGAACUCGGACCCUGUGGCCAGCCCUGCGGUCCCCUUUCCUGGAGGCCACGGCAAAGCCAAGAACAGCCCAAGCCUUGGUCUCCAUGUCCGGGGCCGCCGAGGGGCCCCUCAGCUUGGCCUGAGCUCUGCUCAGCCCACCCAGGCCUGGAGCCAGCCAGUGGCCUCUCUCCUUGCAGACCCGGUGCCGUCCCUGACCUCCAUCCAGGUGCUGGAGAAUUCCAUGCCCAUCACGUCCCAGUACUGCUCCUCAGAGGAUGCCUGCAGGCCUGGACACUUCACCUACCACAUCCCCGUCAGCAGCAGCACGCCGCUGCACCUCCGCCUGACCCUGCAGAUGAACUCCUCGGCCCCCGUGUCCGUGGUGCUGUGCAGCCUGAUGUCAAAGGAGGAGCCGUGUGAGGAGGGGGGCUUUCCACAGAGCCUCCAUGCCCACCAGGACACCCAGGGCACCUCCCACCAGUGGCCAGUAACCAUCCUGUCCUUCCGCAGAUUCACCUAUCACUUCCGGGUGGCACUGCUGGGUCAGGCGAACUGCAGCUUGGAGGCCCCGGUCUGGCCGGCCGCAGACUACUACUUCCACUUCUACCGCCUGUGUGACUGAGCUGCCCAGGGAGGCAGCGCCACAGCAGGGCCCGGGGGUCCCCGGGCGCCCCCUCCACACUGGAUGCCAUGGUGUUACACUGGAGCCCGCCGCUGGCACCUCCUUGGAGGAACUGAGGCGGCUCGGCCCUCCCCGUGCCUGGUGAAACUGGAAGUCCUCACACUGGAGCUGCUGGGCCUGCUGGCGGCGCCCCCAGACCACGGAGGGCGCUGGAGGGAGACCUGCCGGGCCCAGGCCGGCCCGAUUCACAUGUGUCCGGAUUCGGCCGAUGGAGGGCUGGUGGGCGGCAGGGCCCCAGAGGCGGGGGAAGCCCGUGACUCGGCCCAGAGCCUACCCUUCCUGCCUCCCCUUCUGCGAUUGGGAGCCACCCCUCUUUUGGAGAGAGGACCCGUCCGCCUUUGAGACCGGCAGGGGCUUGGCUCGAGCCCUCAGAGACUUGGCUGGACCCACGAGUCAGUGGAGGGCAGACAGCCCUCACCCUUGAAGCUGCUCCCUGGGGAGGGCUAGGUAGUGGACUUCUUAGGGUCUGACUGUUACUGGACUUGGACUUCUAAGCUUUAAGCAUGGCCCAGGAGGUCUCCUCUCCCUGGGAGAGCUUGGCUCCAAGAGCUCCCAGGGCAGCUGAAGCCAGCCCUGGAUGGGCUGGCGACCGACCACGUGCCUUGUGUACACUUAGUGCCUGGCUGAACCAGGGGAGCCAGUGGGCCAGGUAAGCCUUGGACCCUUGAACCUGGAGUAUCCCGAAGGGAAGGAAGUUCCCUGUGAGCCCCCAGAUGGCGUUGCGGCCCCGCGGCCUGGGCCCCUGGGAGCUUCCAGAGCUCACAGAGGUCUCUGAGCAGAGGAGCGGGAAUCCCUGCGAGGCAGCAGGCUGGUCUCGUCUGGUGGGUGGAUGCAAAUAGCUUUUGCUGUUAUUAAUGAAAUAUUUACUAAAAUGCACUUAAACCCGGGCAGGAGUCGAAGGAUGGAGAUGGAAAGCCCAGAGUGGGCCAGAGCCCCGGGGGGACACUUGAAAGGCAAGGCCCUGGCUCUGAUCCGUCCCAGGGAGCUUUGAGACACCCACCCCACUCCCGACCACCAGGACUGGCCUUUCCCUCCACUCUUGUCUGCUGGUGGCCUCACCUCCCCAGAUUCAAGGGCUCCUGUGCUGGGCUUGGACAGCCAGGCUGGGGGCCCCGUGCUCGGCAGUAGUCCCAGUUCUGCCCACUCCUCCCAGGAGCAGAGUGGUGGGCUUGGGUUACGGAAGAAGUCUUAUCUCAAGUGCCAACGUUAACCUUUCUUAGUGGGUAUCUGGAGCUUUCUGAGGCCACAUCCAGGCUCAUGGAAGGAGAGUGGAAAUCAUUUCGUCGUGUCUGCCAUGGGUUCAGAAAUGGGGACGGAAAUGCCAUCCUUGCCCUGUGAUAUUCUGCCACCGCUUUGGGAGCCAGGCCUUGCCCCAUCUACCUCUCAUUCUCAGCUUUGAGUGGGAGGCCUUUCUGUGGGAGACCUGAAUCUUGAAGAAGCCUAGGAACCGCGGGCCCCCUUCUGCUAUGGAUGUCAAAGCACUUCUCCUAGGGAUAGGGAAACACAGGGGGAAUGGAGGUAGCAAGGUUACCUAGCCUCCCAGCCCCCUCCCCAGUGUGGCUCCUCCUUCCGACAUAGGAAUUACGUGGCUCCCCACACCAUGCUGGCGGCAGAGCCUUACUUAGCGCUGCUCUGUUCUCCUUCCUCCCACUGGGGGAACCCUCCCUAAAUGCCAUACAACUACCGAGCCCUGCCCCUUCUAAUAGGAUUCUGGGGCUUUCUCAGUGGGGGUGCAAGUUCUUGGACCGCAGCCCCCCUGUGCUUAACUGGAAGGUGACCCUCCACUGCUCCCUGGAGCCAUCUGGACACAGCAUCGCCCCAAUCUGGUUGGCAGCUGGCUGUUUCCAUGCCUGGGGAGGGGGUCCUCAGUGCUGAGUUUGGGGCCAAGGCGGGGUGGGGGGGGGGAGGUCAACCUUGGACUAAAGUUGCCUUAAGCCCAGUGAGGGAAGGGGGCUUCAGGGAAGGCCAGUGGGCCACCUGCUGGAGGCUGACAGCUGCCUGGCGGGUGCCGGUGAGUGGGUGUCGUGGCUCCAUCCCCUACCCUGGGCCCAGCAGCCUACCCCUCCCUUCCUCUCUCCCUUUUGGCAUUUACUCCUGUAGCCACUGGGCCGAUCUCCCCCAGGCUUCGAGCUGUACACAGCGCCUCUCGCCUCUCGAUGCACAAGCGCCCCACCCCCCGGAAAGCCAGCGUGUGCAGAGUGCGCCCCUUCCCUCCCACUUAACCGCCCCUUCCGGCCCCUGAGCUUUGACUCUGGAGUGGGCAGAGGGGAGCAGCCCCAGGCCUGCUUGCUUCCUGUCCCCUGAACUGUUCUUUUCUGAAGUAAAUAUACGUAUAUAAAUAAAUGUAUAAAUACUGCUUUG